CCUAGUGGCGCGAAACAGCGAAGUAACUUCUCUUUGGUACUGUCAAAAUUCGAAAUGGGUAUUCUUGGUCUUGCACGUUUCCUUGCAGAUUUUGCACCCUCUGCCCUUAGAGAACAUGAAAUAAAGAAUUACUUCGGAAGAAAGAUUGCGAUUGAUGCAUCCAUGUGUAUUUAUCAGUUUCUGAUUGCCGUCAGGAUGGAUGGCUCUCAAUUGACGAAUGAUGAUGGAGAAACCACAAGCCAUCUCAUUGGAAUGUUCUACAGAACGAUCAGAAUGAUUGAAAACGGUAUCAAACCACUGUACGUUUUUGAUGGUAAGCCCCCUGAUAUGAAAUCAGGUGAGUUAACAAAACGCAAAGAGCGUCGAGAGGAAGCAGAAAAACAACUUGAAAAAGCUAAAUCAGAAGGAGAUGUAGAAACAAUGAAUAAAUUUGAACGUCGACUGGUUCGUGUCAGCCCCAUCCAUAAUGAGGAAUGCCAGACGUUACUGAAGUGCAUGGGAGUGCCCUUCGUUAAGGCACCUGGAGAAGCGGAGGCCCAGUGCGCAGAGUUGGUUAAGGCUGGUAAAGUGUACGCUGUCGGUACAGAGGAUAUGGAUGCCCUUACCUUUGGCUCUAAUGUAUUGUUGAGACAUCUAACAUCCAGUGAAGCAAAGAAACUUCCAGUAGUGGAGUACCAACUGCCAUUGGCUUUGUCAGAAUUAGAGAUGACUCAAGAACAGUUCAUUGAUCUUUGUAUUUUGAUGGGCUGUGAUUACUGCGAGUCUAUCCGUGGAAUUGGACCGAAAAAGGCGAUUCAGCUGAUCAAGGAUCACAAGUGUAUUGAAGACAUUAUUGAGAAGGUCAAAGAUAAAUACCCACCACCAGAGAACUGGUUGUACAAGGAAGCCAGAGAGCUCUUUAAAAAUCCUGAUGUAGAAGAAGGAUCCACAUUUGAUUUGAAGUGGACUGACCCUGAUGAGGAAGCUGUUGUGGAGUUUCUCUGCACACAGAAAGGAUUUAGUGAAGAGCGUGUUAGGAAUGCAUGCAAGAAGCUGACAAAGGCAAGGAAGGGGAGCACACAGGGUAGAUUAGACAGUUUUUUCAAAGUCACUGUAGAACCAAAAAAACGCAAGGUUGAUACAAAAAAUGGUAGUGCAAAAAAGAAAGCAAAAACUGGUGGUGGAAGGUUCAAGGGUCGUUAAUGCUGAAAUGUUACAGGUCUGAUAAUGCUGGAGUUCAAAUGUUCAAUUGUUCUCAAGAUAGACAUAUUCAGUACAAUAUGUUAAUGGUGUUGUCAAUUAUACUGUACAUGGAUAUUCAAUAUACAAUGCAAACAUCAAGUGUAAUAGAUUCAUGCCUUUAGAGUUCAGGAAU